CUUUUGUUAAUCCCUAUUUUGAUUUUGCUUGUUAUAUUGACUUACAUUUUUUAAUGACUUGCAGAAUAUUUAAGUCAGUUUUUGUCUUUAGUAUUUCCAAUAUAAAUGUGAAGUGAUAUUUAAUGACUUGCAUUUUAUUAGAUUGGUUUCAGGGUAUUUGAUAUUAUAUAUCAACAUCUGAAUCUUGACAAAAGACUUUUUUAAAUUAUGUACAAAGAAUUUUUAUAAACAAUAAUGUCCAUGAGUAAGAAAAUUCACUUAAUGAUAGCACAGGAAAGUUGCAUUUUAGCAAGCGUCUUUUUGUUAACAUGAUAAACCCUAAAUACGUCAAUAUCUGACUCCAAUGACUGUAUCAUUUUUUUUUUUUUUUUUUUUGAAACAAACUUUAUAGGGGUGUGCUAUUAAGUCGCCUGAGGAACUAAGGAACUUUAGUAAUUUUACUGAAAUCAGACAUAAUAGGGUAGAACAAUAAUCUUAGAGCAGCGAAAUACAAGGCAAAAAAUAUUUAAAAAAGGCCUUUUUAAUUAUUUUUUCUCCCGUGAAAUAAACUAUUAAUUCUGAUGAAGCGUAACCUCAGAUAUUAGGGUCUAUGAAAAAAUUCGCAAGCUAAUCAGCAUUAUUCGUUAUCGAGUAAGGUAAAUGGAAGCCACAAUGUUUACUGUGUUUUAAUUAUCAUUUGCCUAAUACUUAUAAUACUAAUACUUGAAUUACUAAUACUUGUGUUAUACAAGUGUUGUUAUAUAGAUAUAUAAUAAUGAAAUAAGAGAUGACAUCCAGCAGCUCAAAAACAAGUGACAGUGUUAAAAGAAAGUUAUCAGAUGGCUGUGAAAAAUCCAAUUGCAGAUAUGGAAAAAGCUGUUAUCGCACUAAUCCUACACACUUCGAAGAAUUUAAUCACCCAUUAGAAACAGAUGCAAAAAGAGCAAAGUACGUGUUUGACAAGGACAAAGUUUCACCGAAAUAUUUUUUAUCAAAAGUGCAAGGAAUUGAUGAUUGUUUUAACCAAGAAACUGUUGCAAUUGGUAUUGAAGAUAUUUUAAAAGAUAAUCAUCAAGAACUUGUUGAAUCUGUUCAGGUGUGUUUAUAUUUUCUCUUCUGGCCAAUCAGCAGCUGUUGGUUUCUUUAAAUAUUCUUUUGAAUAUAGGUUUAGUAUUCUUUUGACAGUGAUUGUUAGGACUUUUUAUGCAAAACAAUACUAAGAGAACCAAAAAAAAAAUCUUGCCAAGGACUAAAUGUAAGUUCUAAAGUUAAAAAUUUUUUUGGGUUUAACCAUUCAGAUGUGCAUUUCAGUAUACCAGUAUUGAACUCCACGGUCAAUAUCACUGACAGAAAUAACAUAUUGUGAUGCUUAACGUAAAUAGUAUGUAAUGCUUAUGUGUGCCCAGUAGCCCUUUUUAGAAUUAUUCAACCAUUUACAUAACAGGAAACUCAAGCAAUGUAAUAUUUUAAUUAAUAAAAAUUAAUCAUGGAAAAAAUGACAGUAUAAUGUACCCAGUAGCCCUAUAAAUUAGGUGAUAGAUUUUCUUAUGUUAGAAGUUCUUGAUUACCAGCGAUCACUAAAUUACUUAAAUCGUAUGUAAUUUCUAGAGCUGAAAGUUAAUUAUGUAACCAAUGGUGACAAAAGACAGGUGUGAAUGCGGUACCUAGAUCAAAAACUUUAACAUACUUUCCAUCAGUAUUGGAAAUUUUUUGUAAUGUUGGUAAUAUUUUAACAAACUCAAAUUAUAAAAAAUGGCUGAUCAAGGAGACAAACACAAAGACAAAGACACAUCUUCUUAAUGCCCUGUUCUUUUUUUACACUUUUUUUGUACAGUUGGCAUUUUUUUGCUCCAUAUGAAAAGCUUUUUAUAGCUACCUAUAGCUUGCUAGGUAAGGACCAAAAGACAUUCAUUUUAUGUUUUUGAGUUGUCAGGGCGUAAAUAGAUAAUUACAUUUACAGGAUCAAUGUUUUGUAACAAGUAAAACGCUCCACAAGAUGUCAGAAGAACCCCCCUCCUUUAUUUUCAAAGUUUAAGUGUUUGUACUGCCUCCAGAUUUAAUGCCUAACAUUCACAACAUCGAAAUGACUGAAAGGGGGUCUACUGCUAUCCUAUUUAGGGUACUGUAACACUGCAGUAUACUGAACUAGAUAAUGGAAUCCAAGGGUAGUUUCAACCUAGUAAUGCUGUACUCAGUGUGACUAGGUAGCUUUUUGACAUAACACAGCAAUUAUAGCAGAAUUAUUUCCUUGUGCCAGGUUGUCUGCCAUAAUUUUUAUACUCUUCGAAAAUUUUCAGAUCCCAAGGUAUAAAUGUCACAAUGUUACUACCAACUUCCACACACAAAUUUUUUGUUGUUGUUGAAAUAUUCACAAUUCACGGUUUUAAAGAUUUUUUUGGAAAAUGAUGGAUAUUGAGGGCUAUAUUAAUUAUUCCACAAAGCAACCACACCAAUAUUAUUUGAAAAGUUAUAUACCUCUUCCUAAUUGUGUGCUGCUGCAAAUAAAAACUUACUUCAUUUUUCAAAAACGCAGCUGUAAAAUGGGCAUGUUGGGCAUAAAAAUGGCUAUUUUUGGACAUGAUGUUUAUACUAAAAAUGUUUAUGGGUUUUUUUAAACAAAAGGAUAACUUUAUAGAAAGGCGACCUUCUUUCGUAAAAAUCCCGGCCUAUAUGACAUAC